GCAAACAGGCACUGAUAGCAGAGGAGGAAAGCCAGACCCUGCGAAAUGGGGAAUCGGCGGUUCACUCUGGUCGCCACCAGUGAUGAAGAGGACGAGUCACCUACUCGUCCACAGCAGCGACGGCAGCAACAACAGCCAUCUUCGGUUUCGGAGGAGAACCGGUCGAAGCAGCGUAAGAGGAAGAGGAUGAAGCUUCCAGAGGAAGAAGACGAGGAGGAGGAAGAAGCGGAUAAGAAAAAGAAGAGAAAGCCAAAGGACAAGGAAGAAGAAGGGUCUAUGAGUGCUGACGAAGAAGAGGAACAGCCACAGGAGGACGCCAAGCCCAUUGGCGAUCCCAUUAGGGUUUCAGGAAAAGGAAGAGGGAGGAGGAAGCAUUACGAUUCCUUCGAGUUCGACGGGAACCAAUAUACACUUGAGGAUCCUGUACUUCUUGUGCCAGAGGAUAAAAACCAAAAGCCAUAUGUAGCAAUUAUCAAGGACAUUACACAGUCCUUAAGUGGCAGUAUGAUGGUGACAGGACAGUGGUUUUAUCGCCCUGAAGAAGCCGAAAGAAAAGGUGGUGGAAGCUGGCAAUCACGUGAUACAAGGGAGCUGUUUUACAGUUUCCACCGUGAUGAGGUUCCUGCGGAAUCUGUUAUGCACAAGUGUGUGGUUCAUUUUGUUCCCUUACACAAACAGCUUCCAAAUCGUAAACAACAUCCUGGGUUUAUUGUGCAAAAGGUGUAUGAUACGGUAGAGAGGAAACUGUGGAAGCUUACCGAUAAGGACUAUGAGGAUAGUAAACAGCAAGAAAUUGACUUGCUUGUUCAAAAAACUCUAAAACGUAUUGGUGAUCUACCCGACCUUGAGCUUGAAGAAGCCCCUGCUGAGCAGGAAGAUCAACUGAAAAGUAAAAGGAGUUUUAGGAGAAGGAACAUUUCACCUUUGGAUGUUUCAAGAGAUGAGGAGACAACACCAAAGAGCGAACAACAACUUAAACCGGAAACACCAGGAAGUUGUGUAAAUAAUACUUCAGAGUAUUAUCAAAUACUAGCAAAUUUUAAGGUACUAACAGGAGAUUCCCAUCGUGAUAAAUGGUUGGAAAGGCUGCUUCAGAGCAUUCAGCAUAUGUGUAACUCAGAUGGAAGUACGCAGAAGGAAGACAAAGCAAAGGAGAAUUCUGAUGCAAUCAACCAUGGUAGCAGUAAUGGCAGUUCUGCAGUGACAAAUGAUUGUCAAGACAAGGAUCAGAAGAGUUCGAAGUCUUUUGUUUGGCCAGAUGCUGCCGUUCCAGCCAUAGUUGCAUUGGAAAAAGCUUCACAUGAUGCUCUUGCCUUGGAUUAUCAGAAGUAUAACCAAAAAUUACGGCAAUUGAAUUAUAAUCUCAAGAACCAUAGAUUAGCUCGCCGACUGUUGAACGGAGAGUUGGAACCUUCAAAAAUACUGAGUAUGUCUCCUAAUGAACUGAAGGAGGGUUUGACUGCUGAUGAAAUAGCCAAGAAGGAGCCAGAUGAAUCACGGCACAUGCAGAUGACUGAUGCCCGCUGCUCAAGAUGCAUGGAAUGUAAGGUGGGAGUGAGGGAUAUUAUCCAUGCAGGGCAUGGCGACCGUUAUCAGCUGGAAUGUAUUGAUUGUGGCAAUUCCUGGUAUGCCUCCCGAGACGCGGUAUCUCUGCUGACUAUAGAUGGAUCGGAUUCUACCAGAAGUGUAGGCACCGCACCAUGGGCCACUGCCAAAUUUGAAAAUGUCGAGAAGAAGUUGGUGAGUCCCCGUGAAUCUGACAAGUCAGCCAGUGACGUCUUUAAGAAAACAAGUGAAGCAUAUAUGCCUGUUUUGGAAAACCAGAAGUCGUUUGGGAAAUCCAGGAAAGAUGAGAGUAGAGAACCUGCGAAGCAUGCUGAUUAGGAAGCUGUUGUAGGCUGUUUAGUUGUUGAAAUAGAAUACUUUGUGUACAGUUCAGUUCCGGUUUGAAUGUGUACGAGUUAGUCGUUGUUGGUCUUGUCUAUAGUUCUAACCUCACAUAGGAGUUGCCUCGUACAGUCACAUGGGCAGAUAUGAUUUAGUUCAUGAUAUAGGGAAGCUAUUUGAUAUGUCUCAAACGUUACGGAGUUAGACCAAGGUUAACACAUCCCUCUAGAUUUGGUUGUUAAAUUUUGUUGCCAACAAGGUUGUUAAAUUUUACUAGUUCUUAUAGAAUUUUUUAUUCUAAUUUAAUUCGGUAGAUACGAGAUGGAUUAUAGGCUC